AUGCGAACCGCGAUCGCGCCCGAGGCGGUCGACGCCGUGCGACGACGCGUCGCGGAUGCGCUCGCGGCGGCGCGCGACGACGACGUCGACGCGUGGUGCACGCGCGAGACGUGCGAGCGGUUCCUGAGGGCGGAUAAGGGAGACGUCGCGAAGGCGACAAAACGGCUGCGAAAGACGAUCGCGUGGCGAGCCGCGGCGCGGCCGGGAGACGUGCGAUGCGAGCGAUGCUUCGAGGGAGACUUUCGGAGCCACUACAUGCAGCAGAUCGGGUUCGACGCGUGCGGACGGGCGAUCGUGUACUCGGACAUCGGACUCGCGAUGGAUCAUAAGGCGGCGAGCAACGUGGAACACUGCGUGCAGGUGUUGGAACUGUUGGAGUCGUUCUUGCCGGCGUAUCCGUACGAUCAAUACGUGUGGGUGUGCGACUUUCAUCGCUUCGGCGCGGGGAACAUGGCGCCGAGCGUGGCGACGAAGUGCAUGUCGUUGUUCGCGAGAUCGUACCCGGAACGAUUGGAGAUGAUGAUUUUCGUCGAGGCGCCGAAGAUAUUUAACGGGCUUUACACCAUGUUGCGCGCGUUCGUGGAUCCGGUGACGGUGCAGAAGCUUCGAUUCGUCAAGGGGCCGCACGGCAAAGGGGGGGGGGCGAACUGCGAGGCGACGUUUCGGGAGUUUUUUAGCGAAGAGACCACGAAGUGGCUCGUGACGGAGAUGAGCAUGAAUCGCAAGAUGUGGUCCGUGGCCAAGGCGAAGAAAUCGUGGAUCAAGUCGAUGAUUAUCGAAAACGGUGUCCUACCCGAAGCCGCGCCGUUUCCGGAAUUCGCCGAGCACGACUGUCGAGGAACGCCCGAGUUUUUAGCGUCCGAGGCGGGGGCUUACGCUACGAAUUUUGCGAAAAAGCACGCGCGACGUUCGGCUUUAGUCGCAAAAACUCUCCCCGAAUUCUGCACCUCGAUCGAUGGCGAGGAAGUUGCGAUUCCACCGUCGCCGAAGAAGACGCUCGAUCGCGAUGCGUUUUCCUUCGUCAAGGCUGGAGAAGCGUUAGAUGAGUUCGAUCGCUUCGACUAA